AACAUGGCGGACGAAGAGGAAGAUCCCACCUUUGAGGAAGAAAAUGAAGAAAUAGGAGGAGGUGCUGAAGGUGGACAGGGUAAAAGAAAAAGACUCUUUUCUAAAGAAUUACGGUGUAUGAUGUAUGGGUUUGGGGAUGACCAGAAUCCUUACACAGAAUCAGUGGAUAUUCUUGAAGACCUGGUCAUAGAAUUCAUCACUGAAAUGACUCACAAGGCAAUGUCAAUUGGAAGACAAGGUCGAGUCCAAGUUGAAGAUAUUGUCUUCUUGAUUCGAAAGGACCCGAGGAAAUUCGCUAGGGUUAAAGACCUGCUAACUAUGAAUGAAGAAUUAAAACGAGCUAGAAAAGCAUUUGAUGAAGCAAACUAUGGAUCUUGACCUUCAUAUGCUCUCUGAAGCUUCGUUAUCUUUUGGGGUUAUAUCUUUUUCGUUAUCUAGCCAUGUCAAUGAAAUUUGAAGUGAAGAAUUUUCAACCUUUAUUUUCAUGUCUUCAGUUUUAGAAUGAUCUUUAAGCCUUUAAUCGCCUGCCUUCAUAUUAUACUAUACUUGAAUUACUUAUCG